CCACUGUGUGGUCCCACAUGUGUUAAAAAGUCAAUACUGCAUUUGGAUCGAGCUUCAAGAAUAAUAAUAACACAUGUGUAGUAACUGUAGCUUGUUGGAAGAGCAAAUAUGAUAAAAAAUGAUCAUCUUUAAUGUGGAUGAAUCAUCUCAUAUUAUCAAAUGAGAUGUUUAAACUUGGGGCUUUUCAUAAAGCACUUCACCAUAAACACUCAGUGCCUGCCGCCGCCGGCGAGACCGUCCACUUUCCCCACAACGUACAUGACGACUAACGGCGCCCUGAGUGACAAAAUGGCCACGGACAACUUGGAGAUGAACAGUGAUGCUGACCGAAACGGCGAGGCGGAGGUGUCACUGCGAGGAUGGCCGAAGAAGAAGCAAAGGGAACCCUUGAACAUGAACCAUUACGCCAAUAAGAAGAGUGCAGCAGAAAGCAUGCUGGACGUGGCUCUACUGAUGGCUAAUGCCUCACAGCUGAAGGCUGUGCUGCAGCAAGGGCCUGAUUUCAGCUUCUACGUGCCCCUCAUUACUCUCAUUACCAUCUCGCUCGUCCUACAAAUAGUGGUGGGUGUUAUGCUCAUCUUCAUAGUGAAGUGGAACCUGAACGAUGAGAGCAUGCACUACAAGCUGAACAUCCUGGAAAACCUGUCCACGGCGUUUGUCUUCAUCAUAGUUGUGGUCAACGUCUUCAUCACGGCCUUUGGUGUCCAGAGACCCAUCGACAGUAACUAACUCUAAGUCUUCACAUCAUCGUCUUACUAUCGAUGGACCUGCCGUUUAUUUUGUAUAAAUGGACACCACAUUAAAGGCGCAUUUGCUAUUCUGCAGUCGUAUCUGCCAGAGACCAAACGUACUCCGAGGAUCAGGUGACAUUUUCUGCACUGUGUGUGUGUGUGCUUGUAUUUGUUACCUCUUUAUGACCUUUUUGUAUAAACUCUGACCUUGUCAGGACCAGUAGUCUUCUUUUGGAGACCAAACGCUGGUGCUAAUGAGGCAGAACCUAAUAUCCGAGGAACUAGAUAAGUGUAGGGCUACGAUUAGGUUAAAGUUAGAGCUAGGCAUUCAUUGUUUAUGUAGGUCAAGGUUCGGGAUAACACGAGUGAACCUGUGUGUGUGUGUGUGUUAAAUGGGGUCCCGUUUGUGUCUUAUCACGGCUACGAACAAAUACGUUGUUUUUAUUUCACAUGGCAAUCCUCCCUCGUCUUACCUCAUAUCGUGCUCAGGGUACUGAUGCAAAUAAAAGAUUGCCUUCACUUAGGAAACUAACAUAUCAGGAGUAGUAUUCUGUGUGUGUGUGUGUGUGUGUGUGUCGGUCAAAAUCACUGUGAAUGUUUCCUGAAAGAAAAAACCCAACAUUUAUUGUUAUUAGGAAAUAUCACUUUGUACAAAUGUGUUAGUGUUACUCUCGUCUGUGUGUACAAUUUUAGAAGAAGAGUUAUAUAUAUAUAUACAUAUACAUGUAUAUACAUAGAUAUAUAGAUAUAUCUAUGUAUAUACAUAUAUAGAUAUAUAUAAUCACCACAGCUUUAUCCAAAUGUAAUUUCUGACAUGGAGUAAAACAGCGGCCAUUUUGGCUCAACUGCUGCUCUCGGCAUUACAAUGGCUUCAUUAUGGAGGCAGAUUUACAGUAACUUACUAACUUAAACCUUACGUUUUUUGUUGUUGUUUUUAAGCUCUAUGCAAAGCCUGACGUGUAAUGUUUAAACUGAUAUUUAUGCAUGCAAGAAUCAUGUAUAUUGUAUACUUUCUGUCUCUUUUAUGAUUUUUUUGAUCACAUUAUUUUUGUAUAGGACCAAAGUGUUUUUCAUAGCUUUUGUUCAAUGAUCUUGGAUUGCACACUGGAUUAUUUGAAAUACAUUUUUAUAAAUAAAUGUACACACACGUUA